AUGCCCAGUCUAAAGAAAGAGUACCCCUGGAUCCAGGAACCACUCAUAAUAUGUCCUCCCAUGCUCCCCGUUGCAACAGGCGAGCUGGCCGCCGCCGUCUCAGCCGCAGGCGGAAUCGGCUUCAUCGGCCUCGGCAACAACAUCGACAAACUUGACGCCCAGCUCUCCCUGGCCGCUCACCACCUGCAAACAACACACGCCCAAACCAGCCUACAAACAGCCAACGCUGCAAUCCUACCUGUUGGAGUCGGGUUUUUAAACUGGGGCGUCAAACUCGAAGACGCACUGCCCUCUAUCAAAAAGCAUGUUCCGGCAGCUAUUUGGCUGUUCGGCGCUGCACGAGAGACCAUGACGGCUCUGUACGGGGGAUGGAUUGCUCGCGUCCACGCUGAGACGAACGGACUCACCAAGGUCUGGGUACAAGUUGGAUCUGUAGCAGACGCGCUGAGCGUAAUGGACGUUUCUGACGCCCAUCGGCCGGACGUGCUUGUUCUGCAGGGCUCGGAUGCAGGUGGUCACGGCCUGAAGAAGGGAGCAGGCAUAAUUACGCUUCUGCCCGAGGUGCAUGAUGCAUUGGCCGAGAAGAACAUUGGUAUCCCGCUGGUUGGAGCAGGUGGGAUUGUGGAUGGUCGCGGCGUGGCUGCUGCUUUGUGUCUGGGUGCCGAUGGUGUGGCGAUGGGCACGCGGUUCCUGGCCUGUAAGCAGACGGAUAUCAUGAAGGGGUAUCAGGAUGAAUUGAUCCGGGCGAGCGACGGGGGCCAGACAACUGUUCGCACAACCGUAUAUGAUCGGCUCAGGGGCUACGUGGACUGGCCGGAGGAGUACGAUGGGCGCGGGAUGGUGAAUCAGAGCUACGUGGAUGAGCAGGCGGGCAUGUCUGACGAGGAGAAUAGGCGGCUGUAUGAAGUCGAGAAGACCAAAGGGGAUGCAGGGUGGGGAGUUAAGGGCAGGAUGACCUCGUAUGCUGGGACGGGGGUAGGGUUGGUCAAGGCCGUGAUGACGGCGGAGGAGAUAGUGCGUCAAGCCCGCGACGAGGCCAGGAGAGUGCUUAAACUAGAUGUCUAA